AUGGGGACACUCGUGGCCAAACUGCUGCUGCCCACCCUCAGCAGCCUGGCCUUUCUCCCCACUGUCAGUGUGGCGGCCAAGAGGCGUUUCCACAUGGAGGCCAUGGUCUACCUCUUCACCAUGUUCUUCGAGGCGCUCCACCACACCUGUGAGGGGCCCGGCCUGUCGGUGCUCUGCUUCCUGCGCCAGGAUCUCCUGCAGUACUUCAGCAUCUACGGGACGGCGCUGAGCAUGUGGGUCUCCCUGAUGGCGCUGGCCGACUUUGACGAACCUCAGAGGUCAACGUUUGUGAUGCUUGGCGUCCUGACCAUCGCCGUGCGGACCUACCACGACCGCUGGGGUUACGGGGUGUACUCGGGCCCCAUCGGCAUGGCCGUCCUGGUCAUCGCAGCCAAGUGGUUGCAGAAGAUGAAGGAGAAGAAGGGCUUGUACCCCGACAGGAGCGUCUACGCCCAGCAGAUAGGCCCUGGCCUCUGCUUUGGAGCGCUGGCCCUGAUGUUGCGCUUCUUCUUUGAGGAUUGGGACUACACCUACGUCCAUAGCUGCUACCACUGUGCCCUGGCCAUGUCCUUCUUCCUGCUGCUGCCCAAGGUCAACAAGAAGGCUGGACAUGCAGGGCCCCCGGCCAAGCUGGACUUCUCCACGCUUUGCUGCACUUGUGUCUGAUCACACUGCCCAGCUCCAAGCCCUGCCCUCCUGUUUAGGGACCAGAGUCCCACAGACUCUCCUGGGGUCCUCCUGUCCUUCCCACCCGGGGUGUCCAGGAGGAACAGUCUCUCCCACAUCCUGAGAGACCCGCAGGGUGGCGAGACCCUCCAGGCUCUGCUACCUGUUCACUCUGCCGACUCUGUGCUCAGCGCUGCGCUGGGAGGAGAGGAACUUUCCCUCUGAAGCUCAU